GCUAAUGUUCAUCUCACCCAUGUUAGCCAGGACUCCAGUGAUGGCGACAACGUUCAGUUUGGAGUAGAGGACAGAGGGUUGACUGGAGACUGGCAGACACAGCGUGUGGACACGAAUACGACGCUCUCCUAGGGAAUAAACACCGCAGGGACUGAGGAUGCUAGGACGUGUGCUCUCUCUACAGUUAGUGAAAAAGAGGUUGGGACGAUAUCGCCUGCGGAAAAGACAAUUACUUGAAGUACACGCUCAGAGACCCGUGAGGAGGUGUCUUCUCACGUGAAGUCCUUCUCGUAUCUGAGUCGACUGGUGUGCUGACUGUGGUGGAAGUCGGGG